UACAUUCUUUCCCAGAUUUCAUUCACAUUCGUCCUUGAUUGGGUGAACCUUCUGCCAUUGAAGAACUACUUGUACAGCUGACACCCCACUGAUGACUAUGAAGUUUAAGGGUAAAGAAGGUUGAUUUCCAACUAUCUGUUGGAUGUUUGGAACAAUGAGGCUUGAAUUGUGGCUUGGAUCUCUCUUGCUUAUAUUUGGCAGUUUGGUUAAUGCAGCAGAAGCAUUCGUAGGAAUGAACAUUGGCGCUGAUCUUUCAAACCUGCCAUCGCCGGAGCAAGUGGUGGCAAUCCUUAGAGCCCAUCAAAUAACACAUGUUCGGCUUUUUAACACUGAUGCUCGCUUGCUUAGUGUGCUAUCAGACACUGGGAUUGAAGUUAUGAUUGGUGUUUCUAAUGGUGAAGUCUUGGCAAUUGGAAAAUCAGCAUCAGCUGCAGCGUUGUGGAUCAACCAACACGUUGCAGCGUUCCUACCUGCCACCAAUAUCACCGCCAUUGCUGUUGGUGAUGAAGUUCUUUCUUCAAACCCGGCCGCCGCGCCUCUUCUUGUUUCAGCCAUGAACUAUCUUUAUAAAGCUUUAGUUGCUUCAAAUCUAAAUGACAAGAUUAAAGUGUCAACCCCUUUAUCGAUGGAGAUGAUUCCGAAGCCUUUCCCGCCAUCCACUGCCACUUUUAAUGCUUCUUGGAAUUCAACGGUACACGAGAUUCUUCAGCUUUUGAAGAACACAAAUUCCUUUUACAUGUUAAAUGCUUAUCCGUACCGUGGGUAUGUACAGAGCAAUGGCAUUUUUCCGAUUCAAUAUGCGCUCUUCCAGCCGCUCCCGGUGGUCAAACAGAUUGUUGACCCGAACACACUUUUUCAUUAUGAAAGCAUGCUUGAGGCCAUGGUGGAUGCUACUUAUUAUGCCAUAGCUGCGUACAAUAUUACAGUGAUCCCUAUUAUCGUUACUGAAACAGGGUGGCCAUGGUCUGGUGGCGCCAAUGAAACCGAUGCCACCGUGGAAAAUGCCGAGACUUUUAACAAUAAUUUGAUUCGGCGUGUUUUGAGCGGGUCUGGCCCACCAAGUCAACCUGCUUUUUUGAUGAACUCAUACAUCUACGAGCUGUUUAAUGGAGGCACAGGAUCCGAGCUGGAUUCAGACCGAAGCUAUGGCUUGUUUUUUGGCAAUGGGAGUUCGGUCUAUAAUCUCGAUCUUGAUUUUUCCACGGGGAAUUCUUCAGGCGGAUUUUGUGUUGCAAGAAAAGGGGCGGAUCCUGCUAGCUUGCAAAACGGUCUGAAUUGGGCAUGUGGUCAAGGCCAGGCGAACUGCAGCGCUAUUCAGUCAGGCAAGCCGUGUUAUUUGCCUAAUACAGUACAAAACCAUGCCUCUUAUGCUUAUAAUGACUAUUACCAAAGAAAGCGUGGCGUGGGCGGAACCUGUGAUUUUGGUGGCACGGGUAUAACGACUACAGUUGAUCCAAGUUACGGAUCCUGCAUAUUUACAGGAAGUUCAAACUCGAGCGCUGGUAGGGUCGGUCCGCCAGCAUUUGGACCCGCGGGUCCCACAGGAAGUACAUCGCGGCCGCAUCAAGUUCCUGAAAUCGGGUAUUUGAUCUUGGCAGCAUUGUUAGUUAGGAUUAUAUAGUUGAUUCUUUUUGGCUCACAAGCUGGUCAUUGCAAAGUGAUUUGUUGAAUUUUGUGUAAGAUUGUUGGUGGUCAGAUGACCUUGAGAUCGGACCGGGAACGGUAAAACCGGCCCCAAACCCCUAGUUCCACUCAACCAUGGAACUGUCGGGAUUUUAGAGGUGAUCAUUUGUGGGAUUGGACCAUCCAACGAGCCUUAUAUACCAAAUUCGAACCCGUGUUGAAAUUACGAGAAAGAGGAUGAAGUUCUUCAAAUUUGGAGAUUUUUUCAAAAAAUGAUUAA